GUGCUACGGCGGGUCUGAACCCUUGGUGCCCUUCACCUGGAGGGCAGGGAGCCUCACCCUGGCUCCCAAAUUCAGAUCAAUCACCCUACUCACAUCCUACUAAGGGGCGACCGCACUCGUGGGUGCCAUGGAACUGAAGGGCUAUGUGCUCUUCUUGGCCGUGGGCUUGCAGGCCCUGGGCCUCACCUCCUCCUGCCCCAGCGAGUGCACGUGCUCCAAGGCAUCCCAGGUGGAGUGCGUGGGAGCGCGGAUCCUGGUGGUGCCCAGCCCCCUGCCCUGGGAUUCGAUGAGCCUGCAGAUACUCAACACCCAUAUCCGCGAGCUGAACUCGCAGCCCUUUCUCAACGUAACGGCCCUCAUCGCUCUGCGCAUCGAGAAGAACGAGCUUUCGGAGAUCGCGCCCGGGGCCUUCAGCCAUCUGGGCAACUUGCGCUACCUGAGCCUGGCCAACAACCGGCUGCAGACGCUGCCCGGCGGCCUGUUCCAGGGCCUGAACAACCUCGAGUCGCUGCUGCUGUCGGGCAACCAGCUGCUGCACAUCACUCCCGCGCACUUCGCGCCCUUCAGCAACCUCAAGGAGCUGCAGCUGCACGGUAACCGGCUGGAGCUCAUACCGGACGGCUGCUUUGACAACCUACCCGGCCUCGUCAAGCUGAACCUGGGCCAGAACCACCUGGGCCGCCUCUCGCCGCACCUCUUCCAGAGGCUGGGCCAGCUGCAGGUGCUGCGCCUCUCCGAGAACCAGCUGAAUGACAUUCCGGCGGGCACCUUCGACGGCCUGGGCAGCCUGCAGGAGCUGGCGCUGCAGCAGAACCAGCUGCGUCACCUGGCGCCGGACCUCUUCCGGGGCAACGGGCAGCUGGAGAGGCUCUACCUGUCCAACAACCAGCUGGCGACGCUGCCGCGAGGCCUCUUCCUGCUGCUGCCGCGCCUCAACCGGCUCACGUUGUUCGCCAACGGGCUUCGGGAGCUGCCCCCCGGCCUGUUCGGGCCCAUGCCCCACCUGCGGGAGCUCUGGCUCUACGACAACCAGCUGCAGCACAUCCCCGACGGCGCCUUCGAGCCGCUGGGCCAGCUGCAGGUGCUCGUGCUGAGCCGCAACCAGCUGCAGUCGAUCGCGCCGGGCGCCUUCCGGGGCCUGGGCGCGCUGCGCGAGCUCUCCCUGCACAGCAACGCGCUGCAGAAUCUCGACGGCCAGGUCUUCCGAGCCCUGGUUAGCCUGCAGAACGUGUCCCUGCAGAAUAACCGGCUCCGCUUCCUGCCUGGCAACCUGUUCGCCGGCGUCAACGGCCUCACCACCCUCCAGCUGCAGAACAACCAGCUGGAGAGCCUGCCCGUGGGCAUCUUCGACCACCUGGGCCAGCUGUGCGACGUGCGGCUCCAGGACAACCCGUGGCGCUGUGACGCGGGCAUCGAACCCCUGCGCGUGUGGCUCUUGACUAACAGAGCCAGGCUGGGCGGCUCGGACCUCCUUCCGGUGUGCGCCAGCCCAGCCGAGGUCCGGGGCCAGGCAAUCGUCCUGGUCAACGUCAACGUUGGGGUACAGCCGGGGUCCAGCCCGAGCUACCCUUCUGUUUCCCAGUACCCCGACACCCCCCAGUACUCAGAUACGUCUCGGUACCCGGACACCACCUCCGUCUCCUACACAACCGAGUUCACCACCGUGGAGGAGGACCAGACCGACUUGACCACCACGGAGGACGUAAGCGAACGGGAUGUGUGGGGCAUGACCCGCGCCCAGAGCGGCCUGGCCAUCGCCGCCAUCGUCAUCGGCUGCAUCGCGUUGGCCUGCUCCUUAGCGGCCUGCAUCUGCUGCUGCUGCUGCAAAAAGCGUAGCCACGCGGUGCUCAUGCAGAUGAAAGGGCCCAACGAGUGCUGAGGAGGGCUGGGGACCCGUUGGGAAGGGCUCUGGCCAGAGGGGGCCCUGAAGGGCAAAGCCAGCGCCCCGCCAGCCCAGCGGCCUAGGCUUAAUGCCCUCUUUCUUGCCCCCUGAUGAGCGUGGCUCCUUCGUCGGGCACAGAAAUGGGUGUGCCGUUUUAAACUAGGCUUUACAUUGCACACGUGAGAGAAAGAUGGGUUGGGGGAGGGGCGGGUUGAGGCCUUCCGGUUUUGUCUGUUCUCCCCUAAGGGACAGAAGCAGCUUUGGGGAUGGGGCUUUCACUCCCGCAAAUUCCCUGAGAUGUCAAGAUCCCCCCCCCAAAGCAAAGUAACAGGUGGAAAGUCCCUCCCCCAACCUCUCCCAGGGUCUAAAUUAAGAAUGACUUCCCUGACCACUUGCUAUGAACCCCUCACUUGCUCAAUAGACCGCAGGAAAAACCCAGCACGCUUAGUGAAGAUAGUUCUAUGAAGGGGUCCCCCCUCUGGCCUCUCCUCCAUUCCUAGCCCCAAGCAGGGACUCUUUCUUUUGUGGUGGUGGCUUUGCCUCUGCUCUCUGUCCUCCACAUCAGCUCUCCCUCACACCCUCCUGAGAUGCAACUGGGCUGGGGUGAUGGAGCUCUGCCCAGGGUGUAGAAUUUAGCUGUUGCUGACAGAAAUCAACCAAUCAAUCACAAGUUCUGUGCCAGCCUUGGAAUUGGGGAUGCUAUAAAGACAAAAAUACAACCCUUUUAGUCCCUUAGCAGGCCAAAACCUCAGAAUCAAGCACCUGGUGAGCAAAAAUAAUUAGUUAAAAUGGGAUACUGCCCGAUAGCAAGAUGGGGUAAGCUGUUUCCUUGUGUUCUCUGGCUCCUCCCACCCCUAGCCUUGUGUAUUGCCAAGCUAACAUGGUGCAGGGACCCCUGCCAGGGUCCCUGGGCUUCUGUCUCUGGCCCUUCCCAGCCAAGGGCCACUGUGCCCUGGGCACAAAAGUUCUGAGGUCCAGCUGUGACUCCUUGCAAGCCCUAACCUAGAGUUCAUUUGCCUUUCAUGGUGCCUGACUGUUGGGCAGGCAGCAUUUGCUUCUUAG